AAUUUGUAAUUUCCCCCUUCUCAAUUGUAUUCUCAUUCCUUUCUGACUUCUUCCGUCGAUCCUCCAGCCCGUCGUACUCCACACUCCUCGACAGCCGACUAAGGCACGCAGUGACACAGCGACGUCAAGCUCUGGCAGCCAACCAUCGACGCUCCUCGACGUCCAGCACGGCAGCACUCCAGUACAGACUAUAGAGCUCCACUCACUGUCUCCCGUCAAUCAGCAUAGCCAAUUAGCCAGAUAGAAGAAUAUGGCUGCUUUCAUGGGCGCAAGCUUGCGUUCAUUUCUCAAGUGCUGUAUUUUGGAUUCUUUGGGCUCCAACUAUGGUGGAAAUUGAAGAUCUUUUGAUACUAUUCUGCAUAUUCCAUACCUGCGUAGGACUGAUUGUGCCGUCACUUGCCAGAUUAAGAACCAUCUCAUUUGAACCAUUUAUUGGAAUAUGCCCAACGAAGAGGCAGCAUGCUCUAAGCUUUUAUGGUAGCAGCUUUCCGGCUUGGCUACACUGUCAUUUUUGGAUCAUAUGCUUCAUUUCUAUAUAUUCGCACAGAUGACAAUGGAAGAAUCAACUAUUGAUGGCGGGACUUUUGGCACCGCCGGCGUUUCGAAAUGGACGGCAGUAAUAGCAUGUAUAUCCAUGGCGCUAUUUUAUGUUGCAAUCCUCUAUUCACCGACGCUAAUCCUCCGCUUGCCGCCGCCCGAUUCCUUUAAAUCCUUCAUGAUCCGACGGUUCAUCUGUGCUGCCAUUUCCACCGUCGCCUCACUCAUCGCCUGCUCUCUCAUCCUCCCUAUUGAGUUAGAUGCAUCAGACUUAUUAAGUGCUUAUGGAAUCAGAGCUGACCAUUUUUGGCAGGCUGCUGUCUUUCCUUUAUCUUUAACUGCUCUUAUGUAUGCCGGGUCUUUGUUGGAGGCAUUGCUACUUUUGGUUUCCUGCCAAGAAAAUCAGGGUGAUGGUACAAGUAUUUUAUCAACCAUUCCUCAAAGAUUCGUGAACUCAGUUUUUUCAAUGGCUACCAAUAUCUCAGCUUGGCGCAAUUAUUUUGUGGCACCAGUUACAGAAGAGCUUGUAUUUAGAGCUUGUAUGAUUCCUUUGCUUCUUUGUGGAGGAUUCAAUACGUAUACUGUUGUGUUUCUUUGUCCUGUCUUUUUCAGUUUAGCUCAUUUGAACCAUUUAUUGGAAUAUGCCCAACGAAGAGGCAACUUGCUCCAAGCUUUUAUGGUUGCAGCUUUCCAGCUUGGCUACACUGUCAUUUUUGGAUCAUAUGCUUCAUUUCUAUAUAUUCGCACAGGGCAUCUGGUUGCUCCACUUGUUGCUCAUAUCUUCUGUAAUUAUAUGGGCUUGCCUGCUAUAGUUUCUAGGAGGUCAGGGCUAAUAACUUUCGCAUUUCUAGCUGGGUUGCUGGGUUACCUCUGGCUUCUUUUUCCGCUAACCAGUCCACAGUUGUAUAACAAUGGGACAGAUGAUUGCAACUGUUGGCAUCGAUACUGUUCUUGGAACUAAAAAGACUCAAUUCUCGAUAGAGAGAGAUUGCUGGACUCCGAUAUGAAAUUCAAGAUAGAUGGUAACUCCUCUCUCCCUUCAACAGCAGGUGGAUCAUGAAUACAAAGUUCAAACAUCAACCUUGUACUACCCACCACCGAGGAGGUGGCAUCGCUAAAAUACUUCGCAGAUUAGGUAUUGGUCGCCUACUUGCUCGAGCCACUGGGCUAACCUUACAUGGUAUUCAAACAUUACUUGUAAGAGCAAUCUGUGUCUAAAGUUUUCUGGCGUUUACUUGUACUGGAAAUUAUUUUAUAGAGUUCAAAAAUGAGGAAGACUGCAUAUGAUGUUCUUUCGUCAUCUUGCUCAGUUGGUUCUACCCUAAAUCUUGUCUUAAAUUA